AUGAUAACGAUUAAAGGAUGCGGCAUCGACAAGAUGCCCAGGAGGCUGAGCAUAAAUGACGUCAUCGUCGUCUUCGCCGUGUUGUUGUUACUUGUUUCAGAUGUGACGUCGCAGGGUAAUACUCAAAACGAUGAUGAAUGCAGUGCUUCACCUGGACCAUGUGAUGCUAAUGCUGCGUGUGCCAACACUCCUGGAAGUUUUAUCUGUACAUGCAACACUGGCUACAGUGGAGAUGGAUUGAUUUGUACUGACGAUGAUGAAUGCAGUGCUUCAUCUGGACGACCAUGUGAUGAUAAUGCUGCGUGUGCCAACACUCCUGGAAGUUUCACCUGUACAUGCAACACUGGCUACAGUGGAGAUGGAUUGACUUGUACUGACGAUGAUGAAUGCAGUGCUUCACCUGGACCAUGUGAUUCUAAUGCGGUGUGUGCCAACACUCCUGGAAGUUUCACCUGUACAUGCAACACUGGCUACAGUGGAGAUGGAUUGACUUGUACUGACGAUGAUGAAUGCAGUGCUUCACCUGGACCAUGUGAUGCUAAUGCUGCGUGUGCCAACACUCCUGGAAGUUUCACCUGUACAUGCAACACUGGCUACAGUGGAGAUGGAUUGACUUGUACUGACGAUGAUGAAUGCAGUUUUUCACCUGGACCAUGUGAUGAUAAUGCUGCGUGUACCAACACUCCUGGAAGUUUCACAUGUGCAUGCAACAUUGGCUACAGUGGAGAUGGAUUGACUUGUACUGACGAUGAUGAAUGCAGUGCUUCUCCUGGACCAUGUGAUGCUAAUGCUGCGUGUGCCAACACUCCUGGAAGUUUCACAUGUACAUGCAACACUGGCUACAUUGGAGAUGGAUUGACUUGUGCUGACGAUGAUGAAUGCAGUGCUUCUCCUGGACCAUGUGAUGCUAAUGCUGCGUGUGCCAACACUCCUGGAAGUUUUACCUGUACAUGCAACACUGGCUAUAGUGGAGAUGGAUUGACUUGUACUGACGAUGAUGAAUGCAGUGCUUCUCCUGGACCAUGUGAUGCUAAUGCUGCGUGUGCCAACACUCCUGGAAGUUUCACCUGUACAUGCAACACUGGUUAUAGUGGAGAUGGAUUGACUUGUACUGACAAUAAUGAUCAAUGCAGUGCUUCACCUGGACCAUGUGAUGUUAAUGCUGCGUGUGCCAACACUCCUGGUAGUUUCACCUGUACAUGCAACACUGGUUAUAGUGGAGAUGGAUUGACUUGUACUGACGAUGAUGAAUGCAGUGCUUCACCUGGACCAUGUGAUGCUAAUGCUGCGUGUGCCAACACUCCUGGAAGUUUCACGUGUACAUGCAACACUGGCUACAGUGGAGAUGGAUUGACUUGUACUGACGAUGAUGAAUGCAGUGCUUCUCCUGAACCAUGUGAUGCUAAUGCUGUGUGUGCCAACACUCCUGGAAGUUUCACCUGUACAUGCAACACUGGCUACAGUGGAGAUGGAUUGACUUGUACUGACGAUGAUGAAUGCAGUGCUUCUCCUGGACCAUGUGAUGCUAAUGCUGCGUGUGCCAACACUCCUGGAAGUUUCACCUGUACAUGCAACACUGGCUACAGUGGAGAUGGAUUGACUUGUACUGACGAUGAUGAAUGCAGUGCUUCUCCUGGACCAUGUGAUGCUAAUGCUGUGUGUGCCAACACUCCUGGAAGUUUCACAUGUACAUGCAACACUGGCUACAUUGGAGAUGGAUUGACUUGUACUGACGAUGAUGAAUGCAGUGCUUCUGCUGGACCAUGUGAUGCUAAUGCUGUGUGUGCCAACACUCCUGGAAGUUUUACCUGUACAUGCAACACUGGCUACAGUGGAGAUGGAUUGACUUGUACUGAAGUGGACGAUUGCAGUCCGAACCCAUGCCAAAAUGGUGGCGUCUGCACGGACCAAUACAAUGAUUACUUCUGUACAUGCUCGGUUGGCUGGAUGGGAACCAAUUGUACCCAAGCUGUAGAAGGAAGUUCCUGCCCUAUAAAUUACUGCGGUCAUGGCUCCUGUCAUUUGACAGCUGGUGCUGCAGUGAGCUAC